UACAAGGAAAGAAUAAAGGACGGAUUUAGAUUGUUUGGACCUUUUGCCACAUUAAAUUACCUGGAAUUCAAUCAAUCACCGAAGAUAAAACUGUGAGAGAUCAGCAGUUACACAGGUAGUGCGCGUUUAUUCACAAUCAUUCUGUCUACGAACACAACGAAGAAAUCGAAAGUAAAUGCACUAUCUAUGGAUAUAAUAUGAAUAUUUCUACGAAAGGACAAGUUCACCACUUAUUUUCCACAACAAACGUAUUUACCUGUUAAACAUAUUUGUAUUUUGUCGAUUGAAACAGGAUUUUAAAGCGUCUUUGACAGUUGAAGGAAGUAGCUAAAUUGAGGCGCGCCGUCACGAGGCCACAUGGAUCGUAAACCGAGUUUUAGAUUCAGGUAACAUGCUAAAUGAACAUAUGGAUGAACAAGACUCUGAAGAGGAGCUGGGCAGGAUGGAAUGUGAAAGAGGUUGAGUCCUGGGAAAGCAACAUCUCCAGCAUCCUCCUGCACAUCUCUUCAAAGUGACCGGUCAAUGGAUCGACCAAUAGAAUUUAAAGAUGGAACUCAUGCUAUCCAGACAAAUGAAAGAUUUAGGCUGAAUCAAGCAACAUCUCCAGCACCCUCCUGCACAUCUCUACGAAGUGACCAGUCAAUGGAUCGACCAAUAGAGUUCAAAGCUGUAACUCAUGGUAUCCAGAUGAACGAAAGGUUGAGACAAAAUGAAACAACAUCUCCAGCACCCUCCUGCACAUCUCUACGAAGUGACCAGUCAAUGGAUCGACCAAUAGAGUUCAAAGAAAGAACACAGAUUAACCAGAUCAAUAAAAGGUUGAGUCCUGGGAAAGCAACAUCUCCAGCACCUUCCUGCACAUCUCUUCAAAGUGACCAGUCAAUGGAUCGACCAAUAGAGUUUAAAGCUGGAACUCAUGGUAUCCAGACAAAUGAAAGGUUUAGGCUGAGCCAAGCAACAUCUCCAUCACCCUCCUGCACAUCUCUACGAAGUGACCAGUCAAUGGAUCGACCAAUAGAGUUUAAAGAUGGUAACCAGCUUAACAAAAGAUUUAUGCUGAGACAAGCAAUAUCUCCAGCACCUACCUGCACAUCUCUACAAAGUGACCAGUCAAUGGAUCGACCAAUAGAGUUCAAAGAUGUAACUCAUGGUAUCCAGAUGAACGAAAGGUUGAGACAAGGUGACGCAACAUCUCCAGCACCCUCCUGCACAUCUCUACGAAGUGACCAGUCAAUGGACCGACCAAUAGAGUUCAAAGAAAGAACACAGAUUAACCUCAAUAAAAGGUUGAGACCUGGUCAAGCGACAUCUCCAGUAACUUCACACACAUCUUUUCAAAGUGACCAGUCAAUGGACAGACCAAUAGAGUUUAAACAAAGAACACGGAGUACGAGGAAAAUUAAAAGAUUGAGACCUUAUAAUGUUACAUCUCCAACACCCUCCUGCACAUCUCUAAAAAGUGACCAGUCAAUGGAUCGACCAAUAGAGUUCAAAGAAAGAACACAGAAUUUAAGGUUGAGACCAGAUGACACAAUAUCUCCUGCACCUUCUUGCACAUCUCUAAAAAGUGACCAGUCAAUGGAUCGACCAAUAGAGUUCAAAGAAAGAACACAGAAUUUAAGGUUGAGACCAGAUGACACAAUAUCUCCUGCACCUUCUUGCACAUCUCUACAAAGUGACCAGUCAAUGGAUCGACCAAUAGUGUUCAAAGAAAGAACACAGAAUUUCAUGAAGAAUGAAAGUUUCCACACCAUGUCCCAUAGCACAUUUUCAGCCACUCUGCUGACAGAGGAUCACUACAGGUGUUCAGUGUGCACAGAGGUUUUUAAGGAGCCAGUGUCCAUCCCAUGUGGACACAGUUACUGCAAACACUGCAUUGAGAUCUACUGGAACAAACCAACUCAAGCUGGAUCUUACGCUUGUCCUCAGUGCAGAAAGAGGUUCAGAAAUCGUCCUGUGAUAAAUGUAAAUGUUGCUUUGGCGAAACUGAUAGAGGAACUGAAGCUGGCAGGGUUUAGUCCUGCUCUUCCUGUUCACUGCUAUGCUGGACCUGAAGAUGUUCCCUGUGAUAUCUGCACUGAGAGAAAACUCAAAGCUGUUAAAUCCUGUUUGACUUGCACUGUGUCUUACUGUGAGACCCACAUCAGACAACACUACACAAUACCAGCACUGCAGAGACACAACCUGGUGGAGCCUGGCAGUUUUUCCCAUGACAAUGAGACAUUUAGAAUAUCCAGAGCAGAGGAAGAAUUGCAAGAAGAGAUCAAAGGGUUGACCGCAACAGUGACUACACUGAAAAUGAACUUGAGAGAAAAGGACACGCGGGCAAAACGCUUGUGUAAAGGAUUUGAAGUCCAUUGUCAUGAUUUCCCCCAUGAUACUAUUGAAGUGGUUACUCUAGGUCACCCCUUGAGCCUUGGAAUGUUAUAUGACACUAACACUGAUUCUUAUUGUGAAGAUACGUUCCUGUGGAAUGAGGGCAUCAUUUCCUCUAUGAGAGUGUCACUACCUCGGCCUCAAACAGAGGUGAAGGUUCUAGAAAGUGACUCUCUACAGGAGAGAUUCAGAAUCCUUGAAAUGUCUCCUGUGUUAAGAACAAAAGCUUUGCAUGGACAGAUUGAAGUAAUUGGAGCUGCAGCCUUUCUGAAUCACCCAGUACAGUCUGCGCAUCAGGACAGAGUUACACUGCACUACAAAACAACCACCAGACUGGACAUGAUCAGCCAAAGAUUUCUACAGGAAGGCAUUCCUCUCUCAGUCAUUAAUUCUACCUCGGCUACACACGUGAUCAUAGCUGUGUGCUAUGGAGCUCAGGCUUUCUUUGUUUUUGAUCGUGUGCAAAUUGGUUCAGAGAAAACUUCAGAAAUGAAAAAUGUUAUCAAGAAGGUGACCUCUUCAUUUUGUGCAAGUCAAAUUAAUGUAAGCCUCAAUGACAAGGAAAAAGCUUUGAGUUUGUUUUAUAACUGUAGUCUCUACAUUGAUGUUGGUGAUUUGAAGAGUCCAGUGUCUUUUGAUAAAGCAGUAGAAAUCUAUGGUUCUCUGCCAAUGCUGCUUGGAUCUAAAGGUGAGAAUGCAGUUCCUAUAAAGGUCUGGCUCUACCCUCUGAAGAACCUGGACAAGACCUCUGUGUGUGCUCUUCUCAGGGGAGUCAGUAAAAGCCUGAUGCAGAGAGCUGAGAAUGUUCUGGAACAUCUGAAAAAACAGAUCAGGAAAUGUCAGGAUUUCAUGUCAAGUCCAGGUAAUCUAAGUGUGAUUAUUUGGUUUCCUGGUCUGAAAGAUAAAUUAGACAUUUUUUCAGAGCUUCUGCAUAAAUACCAAGCACAUUUUCAGAAAGAAAUCACAGAGAUUGCUGACUCCAUUAAUGUUAAAGAAGAGGAAGGAGAGAACAGAUUACAAGAUCUCCUAGACGUACAUGACCAAUCACCAUUCAGUGCAGAGAACACAAACCAAUGGCUGGAGAAUAAAGAAGCUGAGCUGAAGAUUUUGAAUGACUGCAGAGCCGCAGACAUCCCUGUUGUGAAAUCACAGGCAGAGUUACAGCAAGUCCUAAGUCAUCCAUUCAUAAACAGAGUGAUGUGUUUAACUCUGACAUCACCAGAAGAAGAAGAUUUGUUUCUUUCUACUCUGAAGCAAGAAUUUAAAUCUGAUCACAUUAUUCGAAGGGAUUCACUCCUAUUCACGCCUGUUCGUAUCAGUCAGAAAGUGCUUUUAGAUAUGCAGCUGUUUAUUGCUGUCAAAGAGGCAAAUGAAGAUACAGAGCAAACCAAGUUCAUUGCUGUAAAUUGUACCUGAUGGUUGUGAUGAAUACACUGUGCAGU